UUUCAGGAUUCCUGGGAAACAAAUAGACCAUAACUUCGUUUCAGCCGGAGCUGAUACCUGAUUCAAAAAGGUGCUUUUCUUCGAUGUUGGGUAGCCCCGCUGGGCCAGGGGCGCCCUCGCAAAGAGGGCUAUGGACUACUGCGCCGCUUUCGUCGGCCACCGGGUAUACUGCUGAUGGCUUCAGCAAGUACGGCGUUUAUUCGCUAUUCCCUGGAGGCCCCACGUUCGGCAGCGCCCUCUACUCGCAUGUCAACGCUUUCAGCAGAUUCACGUCAGGACAAUUUCAGCCCACUCCAGGAAAUAUUUUCCAUGGAAGUCAUAAAGUUUCAGAUUCCCUCUUCUCGUCCACCGGCUACACGUUCGGCGCGCCCACCCCACCGCCCGGCUCGCCAUACUCCCCCAUCCCCGUAACCCAGUUGGAGCUCCUCACCAAAGGGAUCAACUCCAACAUCAUAAUCCAGCAGGCGACCGACUACUCCCUGAGCCCCAAGAAGGUCCAGAUUGUGGAGAGACGUUGUGACGAGAAAUGUUGCAGCGUCAAGCAGAAGUCCUCCCUCUGUCAUGAUGACUUGUCGCCGACGAUCAAGGGGAAGUUCUCGAACGGCAGCUCGGGGUGCUCCAGAACCAACCCCAUCGAGUGGGGAAGCGUCAACGUCAAGAAGGAACCCGGGAAUCCUUGCCAGGUGGCCGAGGUCACGACAAGCUUGUCGCCGGUGAUCAAAGUUGAGGUGGCCUCCCCCACGCAGAGAAAUGGAAGCGAAAAAGAGGCUAGUCCUAUUGGUGGUAACAUCCCUGUUGGGAUAGCUGUAGCCAGGCAGCGGUUUCAGCAGCCGGAGCUGAUCAACUCACCCUCCCUCCCCCCAGCGGGCCUGCUCACCACCGUGAACGCCGCCGCGGGUCAGAUUAAGGAAAUUGCGAGGCUGUCAGAAAUCGAAUCCACGCAAGCUGACAUGGCUGCAAGUGUGACAGCAGGAGGAGCAGCAGGGGGAACGCUUUUACAAUGCUCCGACGACCGGAACACAGCAUUAGCAAGCUGGCCAAUGGGAGCCGCGCAAGGCUCCUCCCUCUCCGCGCCUACUUUAUGGCAAUACCCCGCCCCUGUCCCCAUGGAAUCUAUGGUUCCACUUCCGGUACCCAUGCCUCCUGUAGGCUUUCAGUUAGUUCGAGAUCCUACAAAUGGAGGGUUUUUACUUCUGCCCACUACCACAAGCUUAGAACCUAUCCAACAAGCGGUUGUUUGGCCAAGUUAUACUCAGCAGUCUCCCUUGUUGUUACCUCCCUUACCUCCUCCGCCCCUGCAGUUAUUGAGUUCGGGAACAUCAGAUUACCUUUCCAGUAGCGCAACGUUUCACCAGCAAACUCAAACACAUAGUACCAGAUUAUUGGCUGUUACAACAGAUACCAAACGGAAAAUUCCUUUACCUGCUACCACUCUCAUCAAAAUAGAAGCUGACGCAUCCACCCUCGACCAAUCGAAGACGAUCAGUUCUAUGUCAAGUGCAUCUGGUGCGGUAUUCUCAGAUCCUAACCUAGCACCCCUUGUUACAACACACGUGAUUUACCAACACCCACCAAACCUGAUACUUUCGCAACCUCAACCAGUUGAAACCUCUUGUAAAUCUCAAGUGACGUCACCUUUACCCUGCCUAACACCCCCGCCUGAAAUAACCAGCCAGGUAGAGGAUCCACCACUUGCAGUGGACGCAAGCAAUCAGACAGAAACACCAAUUUGUAGUGAAGAUGACAAUACGCUGCAGACUCUUCCGGAAGUGAAUCCAGAGUCUGCUCAUACACCUAGUGAGUACCAAGAAGAGGAAAAUCAAAAGGAAAUGAUUGGAACGGAUAAUACUGUGCAAGAUGAACAAAAUCCCGUCCUAAGGGAGGUACAAAACGUGUUGGAAACAAACGAGGAGCCAGAGAAUCUUGUUUUGGCGGAUAAGAGGGCUGAAAGAGAACAGCCGAAAGUAGAAGAGCCUGAAAAAGAAACAACAAAGCCAGAUUUGAGUGGACUAGAACUGCUGUCCAACAGCAUUGUUGAAUUCGAAUCGUGUAGAAGCGUGGUAAAAUCAGAAAUACGUUCGAGUAUCGAUGAACCCAUGGAGUGCGUUCAAGAUGAAACAGAAAAGAGUUACAAUCAAACUAGGGAGGGGGAUCAGAGCGUUAUCCAGCAAAAAGGUAGUGAUGAUAAUUUUGGAGGUUUGGAUUUGUUGUGCGCCUUAGCGGAACAGAGGAUACUGGAGGAAUCGACAGGACUUGAUGAAUCUAAAAUAAAAUCAAAAUUAUCUAGGAAGGAAAAGAGGAAGUCGAGACGGCAUUCAGACGAGCCUAGGCAUAAGAAACGAAAGAGUGAUAAGUACAGUGAUGAGGAACGUAGGCAUAAGGUAGAUGUAGGUUUAAGGAAGAGUAAAUUGAAAAGGUCGGCUAGUGAAGGUAACCCAUGUGAUAAUGAGAGUGAUAUUAAAUGUACGUGUCGUUCGGAAAAUUAUAAAUCCUGUCAUAACCCCCAAACGGAAGAAAUUGUUGCGCAAUACAUCGCUAAUAAGAGUUGCUGUAGGGCAGAAUGGCCCUGCAUGAAUGCCAUGGAAUUGGACAUGAGGAUGAGACUGGCAGAUCUGCAGAGGCAGUUUAAGGAGAAGGAAAAGGAAUUGAGAAAGUUGGGUAAUAAGAAGCACCGACAUCAUUCAAAAAAGAGGUCGAGGAAGAAGUCUUCACAUUCAGAUCGUUCUGAAACACCACCACCUCAACUAGACCUCGUAGAAACAACAGAUCCAGUGGAGGUCAAGAGCACUCUACUGCUUAAACCACCGACUCUUUGCGUAGCUGAGAGCGUUAAGCCAUCAAAACUGACGAAAUCAAAAAUUGAAGAAGACACAUGGUGUAUCGAAGGGAACACUAAGCCCUUGAAGAGAAAGAGCUCCACAGAAGGUAGAAGAGAAUCUCACGAUAAAGACAGGAAGUCUUCGUCGAAAAAGAGGAAAGUUGGACGGCCAAAAAGGAUAUCAGAGCAUUACAUACCAACCGAAACCAUAGUGGCCAAAAAGCCGAAAACAGGCAAUUUCGUGGGUUAUCUGCUGGCCGCGAAGGAGAAAUUACAAAUGAGGCCCUCGUUUUCGGACAGUCCUCCACGUUUCAUUGACGACACCAGCGUGUUCGUAGAGACGAAGAACAAGAACAACAACAACAUACUCGUCAGGGAACCUGCAAAGAGAUCUGACCCAGAAACGUACGAGGAAGAAUCGAGCUGGGAGACUGAUGAAGAUGAGGAGUACAACAGUCUCGAAACGAAAUCAACAACGGCUGAAGAGGAAGUAGACGAACCAGUCGUGGUCAAAACUGAGGUGGCUGAUGAAGAAGAACAAGUGGAAGUACCCCAUGUGUGUACCUUGACAUCGGCACAUCUGGAGACGGAGAAUUUGAGGGUUCUGACCGCAAUGGGUGGACUCUUUUACGCUGGAAGGCUGCACGCUGUCCAACCUCCAGAUGUUUAUUCCAUAACUUUGGAUGGAGAACGGGGCAACCGACCACAUAUCAUGUCAAGGGAAGAGAUCCUUAGAGACGCUAUCGUGGAAAUCGCGCCUAAGAAUGUCGAAGAUUUGCGACCUGGUACCCGGAUUUGCGCGUACUGGAGUCAACAAUACAGAUGCCUCUAUCCCGGAAGCGUUGCUGAACCCGGAACACCCAACCCGGAAAUGGAUUCCAAGUUUGUCUCCGUAGAAUUUGACGACGGUGACAGUGGGACGAUCAAUUUAGAAGACAUAAGGUUCUUGCCUUCGAAUUUUCCAGUUAUGGAAUACGAUCCGAACCCUCUCCUGAGUCUCAGCCGAAGAAAACGUAGAGUGUCUUCCAGCAACGCCAAUACCCUCGAUAGGGCAAAGAUAGACAAGACAGUGGAAGAGAAAGAAACGAAGCCCGUUUCCAUAAAACUCCAAGAAACAUCCUCGUCAUCCGAAGACCUGCACAAGGAACGCAAACGUCUCAAGAAGAAGAAGAAAGAGAAGAAGAAGAGGAAACAUCGCUGCGAAGAAGAAAACUGCACGCAUAAAAAACACCAUAAGAAGCAUAAGAAACACAAGAAACACCACCACAACAAAGAAAAUUCUGAUGUGGCGACUGUAGAGAGUGUCGUCAAUGUCGAUAUACCCCCAGUUGAAGAUGUCAAACCGGUCAUCAAGGAUAUCGGCAAAGGGAAUGGAGAAGCAACGUUACAAGUUUAUGAAGAAGCUGCAGAAGAGGCUGAUGAAAAUGAAGAAACGAAUGUCGAGGAUGAUGACGAUGACGACGAUUAUAUUCCGAAUCCCGAAGACGAGGUCACAAUAGACGACAUUCAGGACGUUCCACAGUUGAAGAUAAGAAAUCGCCAGGCAUCAUGUGAGAGCGGAAAGAGUGUUAUGAGUGCAUUCUUAACUGAAAAACAUAUGUGGAGUUGGCAUGGAAAGGAAACAAAACGUUUAAGAGGUAAAGGAAGAAAAAUAAAGUGUUUCUACAGUGCCAUCCAGCGAGGAAAGGAAAAGAUUUCGCUGAAAGAUACGGCAGUAUUUUGUUCAACAAGCAAACCCGAGAGGCCAUAUAUUGGUCAGAUAACUUCCCUUUACGAAAAAAGUGGUGGAAACAAAUAUGUCAAAGUGAAAUGGUUCUAUCAUCCUGAGGAAACAGAUGUGAAUCCUUCACUUCAUUAUACGGGUGGAGUAUUUGAAUCUCUACAUUUCGACGAAAACGACGUACAAACAAUUUCCCACAAGUGCAGGGUGGUACCACUGCAGGAAUAUCUCGAAAUCCUCAGGACCAACCCCCAAAUAAGCAAAGAGAGCAGUCUUUACUACUUAGCAGGCCGGUAUGAGGCUCGCGAGAAGUUGCUCACCAUCUAUCCCGAGGUACCAGUCAACAAUCCAACAAAAUAAAAUUUCAGCAAUAAUAAUUCGAAAUUAUUCCCAGGUUGAAUGUUACUGUAAAUAGUAAUAGUGAUUUUUGGUGCUAUAUUAUAUCAUUAUUGAUGGAUGGUAGAUAUAGUUUGUGCGUUGUCUAUUAUCUUUCAGGUGAUUUUAUUUUUAUCAAGUGAAUUGUAAGACUUUCACUCACUGUCAGUUUGUUGUAUACUUUUAGGUAUAGGUGAUACGUUGACGAUAUAUGCGCUUAAUUCCACUGAAAGGGUUUCUGGAGAUUAUUUCAUUUUUAUUCUCCUUCCGAGAUUAUAAGAAAAAACAUUUUUCUGAGAAAAAUUUAAGAAAUUUUAUAAUUUUCUAGUCUGAAUAGUGAUUUUUUAUUUUUUUUUUCUAUUCUUUAACUUUUAUCACGAAUAACUCUUUUUUAAUUAACUAGCCUUCGGAUCAAAAAUGAUUAGAUAUUAAUUGAAUAUCACAAUUGAAUGAAAAAAGUACAAAAAAGUAUACUCGAAGAGGCCGGAAAAUAUGCACUCCAGAUCUUAUACAUAUGCUGAAAGCUACUAAAUAAAUAGGUACUUGGAUCGGGAACGAUGUAGAAUAGAAAUUCAACUUUCUUAUUUAUCCUCAUUUAGUAUUCAUUGUUUAACCUAUUUAACAAUGACUGAAUGUUCGAAAAUUGAGUUAUAUCAUUUAUUUCCUAUGAUACCAGAAAUGGGAUGGAUAUUUUCUUCCUCGAAUUAACAUGAUUUGGCUCUUCGCCAUACAAUGCCCACUAAAUAUUCUUCAGUAACCCAAUCAAUAGCCUUCUCGAUGUCUCGAACUAUGACUUCCACUGAAAAGCAAUAUCUUGGUGUAAUUCAACAGUUCAAUAACUAUUGCAUGACGAUGAGAACAUACUCGAUUUUUUUUUUAUAUGUGACAAUCGUCUACCAAACUUGAAAUGGUAUAGAUUUAUUUUCGUGUUUGAUUGUGAAAUUCGCGAUUAUCCAUUGUAUACGUGUUAUUUCUUUUUGAAAAUUUUUAAUUGAUUCUUGUACAUAGUACCUACUACUAACUGCACACAAUAAUAGAGAGAUAUAAUUAUAUAUUUUCAUAGUUAUUACCAAUAAGAGUCAUCCAGGGUCGGUUACCCAAAAUUUGAAACUUUUGAUCCGCGUUUUUUAUGAAAUUUCGAAAUACAUACAAAGAACUGUUUCUGGUGCCUAAUGAACUAACUAUACUGUAUGACUUAUAUUGGACAUAGAUUUGUGGAUAAUAGUGGUUAGGAACCUCUUCUUUCAACGAUAUAGUAUUUACCUGAUAAUUAUCAUAUUAUGUGCAAUGUACCUUAUCUUGUUCCGAUAAAAGUACUUUAGUAUACGCAGAAAAUUCACCAUAUCGCUUUUUUAUAACAUUUUAUUUAGAUCUCGUCGAUCUUCCAUGAGCUAUAAUAAUUCUGCUUACAGAAGUGUAAUAGUGGGGUAGAUCAGUGUCUACUGUUAUCCAAAUAUAAUUGAUGUUACAUAUAGCGUUGUAUAUGGGAUGAAUCUUUUAUUCCACAUCAUCGUGCUUUUAAUAUACCUACGAUUACUGUCGUAAGAUUUGUUGCGUAAUCAUUGAUGUUUAUCGUAACCAUGAGUCCUUCAAAAGUACAUUAAAUAAAAGAAUAGAACAUUGUUCGUUCUGUAAUUGAAAAACAAUGUCAUAUGUUAUUUCUUACUUUUAGAAUAAAACUGAAUAGCAAGUUGUUUGCUUUUUAUUUUUUUAAAUAAAGAUGAGAGACCAAACUCUACUUAUAUCUUGUAAAUAUCAUAUUGAUAAUAAAAAUUACUAGCAGCAUUAAUUUCUUCAUUUGUCAACUCUUGAUGAGUUCCUGAUAAUUUGAUUGUAUUAUUGACGGUCCACAUGUGCAGCUUUCUGCUGCAAUGAUUCUUCGAUAAUAUGUUAUGUUUAAGGCCUUCAAACGCUUAAUUUUUCGAAGUAAUUGAUGCUUUUUAUAUAAUCAGAUGUUGUAUAUGUAGAAUCAGUAUUAAGGGUUAUAUCUUUCUGUUAGAAAUGAGGUGUAUCGUGAGAACUUGUAUAUACAUUUCUAUUGAGAGAAAAUCUAUUUUAGAUAUAUAUGAAGCAAUAUUUUUGCAUAUUUUUCAGACAAUAUGGGGCUGAGCAUUGCUUUGAUUAUAUUUCGAAUACGAACAUGUAUAUUGAAGGGAUCACUUUAUGCCUGUAUAUAUAUACAUAUACUUACCGAUAUUGAUUCUCCGCAAGUAUUAAAUAAAAUGAGACAGCA